UUGCCAACAUCAUAAGUACCGCCGUUUUGUUCAAUCAGUAGCUUUAUUUCAACAUCUCGCUUGGCGAUAAAUAGUUGUUUGCAAUUGUAAGAGACGGCGAAAAAACGUUUUUACUUUUCCGAUUUGAAUAAAAAUGGCAGAAUUAUUUCGAACGUUAGCAUUACAGCUCGUCUCGCAAAAAUGCUAUGAGACAUACUUUUAUGACAACAAUUUUUUUGACGUUGAUUGCUUCAAAGGACUUUUAAGCAAAGUGCUUGGCUACGGAAUUGUUGCUGGCAGUCUUUUUGUGAAAGUACCACAAAUCCUGAAGAUUUUAUCAAAUCGAAGCGGCGCUGGCAUCAACAUAUUCUCUGUAUUUCUUGAAUUGACCGCAAUUACACUCAAUUUAUCGUAUAAUUUUGUUAAAGGUUUUCCAUUCAGUUCAUGGGGUGAUGUUUCAUUUUUGGCUGUUCAGACUGCUGUGAUUGCCGCAUUAGUUUUACAUUACAAUGGUUCGUUGGUCGGUGUUCUUAUAUUUUUGCUUGGAUAUGUCGCCGCAUCGUAUUCACUCAUGAGCGGAAUUACACCGAUCGAUGUGCUAUGGUCGUUGCAAGUAUUAAACAUUCCUAUUAUGAUUACGGGUAAAAUGUCACAAGCCUACACCAAUUACUCGAAUGGAAAUACGGGCCAAUUGUCAGCUGUUACCUGUUUCAUGCUCUUCUUUGGCAGCGCAGCCCGUGUUUUCACAAGCAUUCAGGAAACUGGAGACACACUCAUCAUCAUCACAUACGUAUUGUCGACACUUAGCAAUGGUGUGAUUGUUGCUCAAUUACUUUACUAUUGGAAUGCCGGAGCCGGUGGUAAAAAGACUGCAUCCAAAGGAAAAUCAACUACUAAAACUGCCAAAGCCAAAGCCAAAGUAAAGAAAGCUGACUAAAAUCAUUAAAUUAGCUUAGCAAUUCAUUUGUUUUUGAAAUGUAGACUGUUGAGCUACAAACUAUCGUAAAACAUCUUCUAUCCAAUGUGUGUUCGGUUUCAUAUUUCUAUUGGUUUGGUUCGUAAUACGAACUUCGUAUUUAAUAGUGAUUUGUUGAAAUGGAUAGAUAAUUGAAACAAACCAUUUUUUUUGUAGUAUUCAAACAUUCACAGUUGAUUCUUUUUUUGGUAUUUUUGUAAAGUAGAGAGAGUUGAAAGAAAAGAAAAACCAUCCAAUGUUGGGUUAUGAAUAUAACCUAACAUUUUUGUUGUAAGUGAAAAUUGUACGAACGUGUUGUAAAUCAAUAAAUUCCAAAUAAAAUGUAAAAUCGUCCACA